GUGAGGGCUUGCCCUUCAGCUGUUACACUGACCGGAUCCCGAUGGAGCUGGGACUAAUAGCCCAGUUGCUGUCUUGCUGUCCUGUAGCCUGCAGCCCAGCGUUGCCAGUAAACUAGGGCCCAGGGUGGUCCUUGCUGGGCUCCUGGAAGCUUUGCUCAGGAGUGGAAUGGAGGGCCUGGGAGCUUCUCACUGCCCUUCCUGAUGCACUUUGUGGAUCUUUCAGAGCAGAGACAACUUUGUUGUGGACUCACCUGCCCAAAAGGUGGUGGGGAACAAGCUAGCUUAUUGGGGUGGAGGGGAAGGAACAGACUAGAUGGGAAGCCUAUGGAAACCCAUAUAGCAGCAUAUCCUAGGGGAUAAGUGGGACAUAAUUUGAGGUCAUGGACCCUUCUCUUGGACUGGUCCUAUCCCCUCAUUCCUCCCUUAUCUCCUCCCACCAGGCCUGUCAUGGAGCCAGGACUCUGUUGUUCUAAAAGUGCUCAGAAAAUGGAGCUUGAGUCAGCAGGAUGAGUCCAAAGAUAAAAAUACAGCUGUGGAUGAAUGUACAGCUGUGGACAGACAAGCCCCAAUUUAGUGGGUGUGUGUUGGGGGGAGUUUUCCUGUGUAUUCAUGGGGUGCAUGGUGAACUCCCCCUGCCCUCUUGGCUCCUGAGGGAGGAAGGGUAGGAGCUGGACAGUGAUCCCCGGUGGCCCACUGAGCCAUUUCCCAGCACAUUAGGUGGUGGAAGGAUUGCAUGAAGGCCCCUCUGCAGCUCUCCCCUUACCCAAGUUAGAGCUGCAGCUCUCAUCCAAGGCAGGGCUGGCCUGAAGACUCUGGGAGUGAAGUUAACUUUAAGUACUAUCAUUUGGACCAUGACAGUCUGAUAAUGUUAUAGAUAAAAACCCAGACUUUUAGAAAGCCUGUCUAUAUACUGGCUGCUCCACUGGUGUGACAAGUUACUUAACCGUUUCUAAGCCUCAGUAUUCCUAACUACAAAAUGGGGAUUAUAAUAAUGUCUACUGCAUAGCUUUUAUCAAUUAUUAAAUUAUAACAGUUAUAAAUUAUAUUUGCAAAUAUAUAAUUAUAAAUUCUAAAAAUUAUUAAAGCAUAUAGAGUCCUUAAUUGUGUGCCUGAUAUGUAGUGAGUGCUCAGUAAACGUUAGCUAGUACCAGCUGUAUCUAUUAUCAUUAUCCUCCGUGUCUGAAUGGACACCAUCACUCAGCCUGAGACUUUCUGGCCUUUUUUUUAAACAAACAAAUUAUUAUUAUUUUUUGUCACAGUGCUGAUUUCCUUGGGAGCCAGGUCUCUUGGACUUUGGGGAGAUGGUAUGAAUAGUUAAGAUGCUGGGCUCUGGCAACAAGGUUUGAAUCUCAUUUCCUCUUGCACAAGUUAAACUUUCUGUGCUUCAACUUCCUCUUCUGUAAAAUGAGGAUAAUAGUACCUAAUUCACAGUAAUGCAAGGAUUAAUAAACUGAUGUAGGUAGAGCUCUGAGCACAGCAGCUGCUUAUAAAAAGUGCUUGAUAGAUGUCAGCUGCUGUUAUUUGGUGACAAUGGAAGCAAUCAUUGUAGUUUGCACUUAGAAACCAGAGUUUUUUAGCAAGGGAAUUGGACCAUAUAUAACUGUAUGUAAGUUACAGAUGACACAUCUGCAGUUGAACUUGUCUGGUGCAAAGAUCGCACCAGAAUUAAAUUCCUUUUUUCUCCCCAGUCAGUACUGUGUGACUGGUAUUUUAAUUAGUCCAGAAACCUCUGCCCUACCUACCUCCCAAAAGUAUACUCCUCAAGUUAGAAGAGGGUACCAUGAGGUGAAGGUGACUAUAUAUGCUGAAAAAUUAAGAGCCUUCUAUGUGGAAAGCUUAUUUUUUGUUAUUUUUAGGAAAACUAUGUGGGGAGGCUGUCUUGAUGCUGGGAUUCUGCUCUGUCCUCCUUUUCCAACUCUUAGGAUCUUUUGCACUGCUCUUUGGUUCCGGGAAAAAAAAAAAUGUAGCUUAGCUUGCUUUGAACAGUCAGUAGCCCUGUUUGCUGGGCGGCAAGGGUGGAGGCUGGACCAGUUGGUACCAGGCCCAGUGUAUUGAACGCUGAUGCCACUUGACUCCCAGCAAUAGAGCUGGAGUGUUGAGCUUUGUCCAGUGUAUUAAGUGUCCCUACUUGGGGGCAGAGACUAGUGACAGAGCCAUCACGGGAUAGUCCUGAUCCCUGGCCAGAACUUCCUGUUUAAUCCCUUUUUCUGCUACAUAGUCUGUUCCCUCUUCCAUGGGAAGAAGUCCACAGUUUUGCUACCAGCCCAGAAUGAUUUGUGGGUAUUGCUUCUGUUAUUGAAAUGGGCCUGCCUCUUCUAUUGGCCAUGUUUUCUUUGCCUGUAAAAUGGAGAUGAUAGCAUUUUCCUUGCAAGAUUAUGGUGAGGAUGAAAUGUAUAUGCAUAUUUAGCAAAGUGCCUGCACAGACCGAAUGCCCAGUGGAUGUUUGUUCCCUCCCCUUCUUUGUUACUUCUGGAGAUCACUUUUGGGGAGCUGGGAUAAGCUAGCAAGAAAGGUAUUAGAAACCAGGUGAGGUGGCUCACAACUGUAAUCCCAGCACUCUCAGAGGCCAAGGUGGGUGGAUUGCUUGAGCUCAGGAGCUGGAGACCAGCCUGACCAAGAACAAGACCCUGGCUCUAAAAACAGCCGGGUGUUGUGGCAAGCGCCUGUAGUCCCAGCUACCUGGGAGGCUGAGGCAGGAGAAUCACUUGAGGGGGGGUGCAGUGGCUCAUUCCUGUAAUCCUGGCACUCUGGGAGGCCAUGGAUAGCUUGAGCUCAUGAAUUCGAGACCAGCCUGAGCAAAAAGUGAGACCCCCAUCUCUACUAAAAAUAGAAAAACUGAGGUAAGAAGAUCACUUGAGCCCAAGAGUUGGAGGUUGCUGUGAGCUAUGACGCCAUGGCACUCUAUCCAGGGCAAUAGCAUGAGACUCUGUCUCAAAAAAAAAAAAAAAAACAGAAUCACUUGAGCCCAAGGGUUUGAGAUUGCUGUGAGCUAUGAUGCCAUAGCACUCUACCGAAGAUGACAAAGUGAGACUCUGUCUCAGGAAGGGAGGAAAGAAGGAAAGGGAUUGGAGACCAGCUCUUGUUCUAGAUCCCAUAGUUCCUCAGUCACUACAUCCAGGCCAGACAGAAUGCCUAGCCAGGUAUGAUGUCCUCAGGAGUGGCCAGCCCACAAUAGCAGUACCUCUUUCCUCUUUCUCUGCACUCCCACCUCCGGGCCUUUCUAAUCUUGUGUACUUUGAAUUGGCAAACAGUGUCCAAGCCAGGAGCAUCUGGCCCAUUCCAAGUGAUGUGGCAAUCUAGAGCCCCACUCCUGGCUCCUGUCCCUAGAAAGAGCUGAGCAUCCAGCUACCUUGAGUGGGGCCUUGCUUGAGUCUUGGGCAUGCUAGUCAAAUCACAUCCGACAAGAAUCUUGAUUUGGCCUCACCCAUAGGCUUUCUGUUGAGCACCAGCCCUUCUCAGGGCCUGGGCAGGACCUGUGCUCUCUACUUUCCAGGAGCUGAGGCACUAGGGGGAAGGGUAGGAGUGGGGGAAGGACUGUAAACCAGAGACCCUCAGGACUGUGAGGGGAUCCAACCCUGGUUAACACAGUUGAGACUGGUGGGGAGAGGGGAUACUUGAUGCCUGGGGUCCGGGGGUGGGGUGGGGAAGUGCCUGAAGGAGAAUGGAUUUGAAGCUGGAUAGGGUUCUGGUGGAGGCAUAAAGCAGCCCAGGAAGGGGAAGUAACUGGAGCAUGGUGACCACUUUGGAAUCAAAAACAAGCCCAGUGCUUUUUGCAUACCACCUCAUCCUGGCUUCUUGGCCCUGGGGAGGUAUGAUGACUCAUCUGAGGACAAGCAGAUAGGUGGGCCUGAUCUGAGACCAAAACCCAGUCCAAUGGUCUUGGCUCUGGCAUUCUUUCUAGAAUGCCUCACUGGGGAAGGGAGGUCAUGUUUAGAAAUUCCAGGCUCCAGGGGCCUUGUUCUAUAGACAUAUGCCCUUUUCUAUUGUUUGGGCCUCAGAAAAUGAUACCCCAAAGUGAAGUCCUCAGAAGCAGGCCUCUGACCUUCUUCUGCCCAGGAGAAAAAAAAUGCUGUUAACAGAGAGGCUGAGAAGAAUCUGGACAGGCCUUGCUAGGUUUCCCCACUCAAUCUCUUACAUUAGCUCAUGCCCUUUUUGUCCAAUCACAUUUCCACAGAGCUGUCCUGCCUCAUUGAACCUAACCAUAACAAUGGAUAGUUCACUCUGGGUUUUUGGGUCUUCAUUCGAAGUCUCCCAUGUCACAUAAAACUAUAAUCAAAUAUAUUUGUUAUGCUUUUUUUGUUGUUGUUGUUAACCUGUCUUUUUUAAUGCAGUGUUGGCCAUAACAAAAGAUAGGGAGGAAAGGGAUCAUCCCCUUUCUGCCCCUGUACUGCAUAAUGGCUACCUGUUUAUCUUCCAAGGCUAAGUAAGCAUCGUGGCCAUUUCUUCCAGGAAGCCCCAGAAGAACUAAACACCCUACCCCCAGCCCCCAACACACACACACCCCUUGGGUGCCCACUCUAGGGACUUUUUUUUUUUUUUGAGACAGAGUCUCACUAUGUUACCCUCGGUAGAGUGCCAUGCUGUCACAGCUCACAGCAACCUCAAACUCUUGGGCUUAAGUGAUUCUUUUGCCUCAACCUCUAAAGUAGCUGGGACUACAGGCGCCCACCACAAUGUGCGGCUAUUUUUUGGUUGCAGUUGUCACUGUUUGGCGGUUUGAACCUGCCAACCUCAGUGUAUGCGGCCAGUGCCGUAACCACUGUGCUAUGGGCACCGAGCCAACUCUAUGAACUUGUGUCUUAGCACCUGGACCACCUCAUUGCACACCAAUUGCUUUUUCUCUUUUGCUAAUGGGAACUGCAGUGGGUUGUUUCUGCAUCCCCGACACCUUUGCAGUGGGUUUACACAUAACUGGGGCUCAGUAGGGGUAGGUGGGUUUAGUGCUCUUUGACAUUCCGUUACUGGAGGUUAGGUUGCAUGCAUGCAUUGAGGUGCACCUCCUCCAAAGUCAGCAAACUUGAGACCUUUAAUGAAAAUUUUAAAAGUCUCUUUUGGGGCCAACUCUUACCUUGUUUACUACUGAGUGAAUGUUUUUGAGAACACACUUCCAAAGAACUGAGUCUGAGUCAGCCCUCUAAUUAUAAAUAGGGCUGAUCACAAACCCUAGGAUAUCAGGUCUGAGAGGGCCUUAGCGGCCUUUAAAUUUAAGACCCUAGAGGCAGGACAGGGCUGAGCUGGGACUGGCACCCUGGUCUGACUUUUGGCCCAAAGCAUGGCCCAUCCUUAGCGUUCCCUCUGUAGUCUCCUGGCCUCUUUCCUAUACAUCCUCCCUCCUAAGGGGGACCCGGAUGAAGGACAGGACCAGGAUUAUCUGUGCAUGGAUGAAGAGUGCUACAUCGCCUGGCUGACUGAUAAGAUUUAAGUUCACAAGGAGGGAGGCUGCUCAGGUUUCACGUUGCAGGGGCUAUAGGAAGAGGUGGGGUAGGAGAAGCAACUUCUGAGUCACCUGGAUAUAGUGCUGAAGUCCCCAUUCCCUUCUCACAUUCCUCUUCCCUGCCCUGGACCAAGGGAUUUCUUUUUUCUCCCUCACACCCUUUUUUUUUUUUUGAGACAGAGUCUCACUAUGUCGCCCUGGGUAGAGUGCUGUAGUGUCACAGCUCAUAGCAACUUCGAACUCUUGGGCUUAAGCAAUUCUCUUGCCUCAGCCUCCCAAGUAUCUGGGACUACAGGUGCCCAGCUAUUUUUGUUGUUGUUGUAGUUGUCAUUGUUAUUUAGCAGGCCCAGGCCAGGUUCGAACCCACCAGCCUAGGUGUAUGUGGCUAGUGCCCUAACUACUGAGCAUAGGCGCCGAGCCCAAGGGAUUUCUUGGUAUCACAGCCCCACCUUACAUGGAAGCACUUAUUGUGGCCCAAGGAGAGAAGAAUUUAGUUACUAAUUUCUGCCAGGAACAGAGUCCAACUCUGGGAGAGAGUAGGGAAGAGGGCAAUUCUGCUCUUGCAUGUCUUGGUUACUGGGUUCAGUUUCAGGGGACUGCUGACCCUUGGCAUUCUGUUGGUACUUUAGCAGGCAGGUAAAGGAUGGGUUAAGUGCAGCUGGGGAGACGUUUCCACCUGCAAGUUCAAGGGAACUUGGUUCGUAUUGGUGGAAGUCUAUGAAAACCUCCUUUCUGAAUGCCACAGAGCCUUGUCAGUGAGCCCUCAGUGGGCACCUGUCCAGGAAGAAGCACCUACCUGAGGCCAGGGGUGGGUGUGAGAUCAGUCGCCAGGCUGUACAGCUGUAAAGAGCCCUAGACAUUAUCUAGACUAGCUCUCAUUUUACAGGCCCAGAAACUGAGUCCCAGAGAAGUGAAAUGGCUUGUCUAGGCUGCACAGCUAUAACAGUUGCUGAAACAGGUCUGUACUGUCCUGGCUCUCACUUCGGAGCAGUUUCCAGAAUUUUUGAAUGGUUUGAAUUUUCUGUUCAACCACUUUUUAUUUGUGCAGCCUUAGGCAUGUUCUGAGACUGAGAUGUUCAUCCUUGUGAAAUUGGAAUAUUAAAUACCUACUUUCUAUUUGGCUUGUAUGAAUUAUUAGCGAGCAGAUGCAGCGUGUUAUACCUUGCGCGUGUCAGACACCUCCUGAGCAGUUAGUAGGGGGCAGCCACUGCGUUCAUUUUCUCUGUGGAUGGGAAUCACCCUAUCUCACGACUGGGGGGUGUCCAUCCCGCCCUGCAGCUCCCUUCAUCCUCUUCCAUCGCCAGGCAGGCCUGUUGCAGUGACCUCUCUUCACCUGUUGGGGCCAGCACCUGGGGAGGUGUUCACAUUCUUGGCAUUCCUCUUGCUGCUAGGGUCUGAAAGACCUUCUGGUGUGGAUGGGGGAGGCACCGAAGCUGAGGGUGAAAGAAGGCGGGGUUGGUCUGCUCUGACCACUGCUGUUCCUGUUUGGAAUAAGAAAGCCCUCUCUCAGGUUUCCUCCACUGAGGAAGACCAGUUCACUGAAAAAGUGGAUGCUAGGAACUUUCACAUCCUUUGUGAACCCACUUCACAUCUGUGAAGUUAGGGGGCUUGAUCGAAGUUUCCUUGCCUGUGAAAUGGGUAUCUUAAUUGUACCCAAUUCAUUGAAUGGUGGGAAGAGUAAACACUGGGCAGAGUGCCUGGCGUGGAGUAAACCUUAACGUUAGCUGCCACUGUUGAUUGUAGAUGAGGAAACUGAGGCUUGGAGGCCAAGUAACAUGCUCCUGCAGUUAUAAUAAGUGAUAGGGCUGACUCCCAAACCCAGGCCACCCUGCAGAGCCUGCCAGGCUUGGGGAAGUCAGCACAGAGGCCUGUGGCUCCUGGGAUGGAAGGGAGCUCCAGGCUGGGGAGUAGUAGAUGUCCUAGUUUGGAGGGCAUGCCCAGCGUGACCUUGGGUAACAGAUGUUCUCAGAAAUCGAGUCUGGUUGGGAGACCCAUGAGCCUGGAUUCAGAAUGUGGGUCAGGGGAACCAUGGGAUUGCCAGGUGACCUUUGGUCUCUGUGCCUUAGCCUCAGCAUAGGCUGGCUGGGACUGACUAGCCAAGGUGAGGGUCAGUCCAGCCCCCGAAUCCCUGUCACCAAAUCUGAGAGAGGAGGGGAGAUUAGUGCUGGCUCUAAGGACCACAGGCUCUGUCCCUUUCCCGCCCCUUCCCCCAAUCUUCUCUGGCAUUUGUUUCCUUUCCAAAGCUGGACUGGGGCUCUCAGACAGGGCAACAAAAGCAAGUCUUCUCCAAGCCACUGCCACCUGUUGGGUUUUCACACAUUGGGGGGUAGGACUGGGGAAAGCAGAGACCCUCGUAAUUUGGAAAUAUCUGGGCCAGGAGAAUCCAAGAAUGUGUUGGAAGGCACGGAAGCUAUGUGUAGUCCGAUGCUGUUUCCCCUCCCCAGCAGCCCAGGAUCUGAGCAGUGAGAUGUCUCCUCUGAGGUGCCCCACGGCAGCAGGUAUUUAGCAUGGGCUCAUUGAGAAGCUGGACCUGCACCAGGGAGCUGGCCAAAAUGGGUGCCUGGCUGAAUCCUAGGCAGUCGGUGGCAGAAAGGAGGAUGGGCCUCAGCUUCUGGAAGAGAGCUGAGAUGAAGCAGUUCUGGAGUGCUUGAACGGUCCUGAGCCCUCCCUGCCUGGCCCGUGAUGAUCCAGAGGCUGUGGGCAAGCCGCCUGCUGCGGCAUCGGAAAGCCCAGCUCCUCCUGGUCAACCUGCUGACCUUUGGACUAGAGGUGUGCCUGGCUGCGGGCAUCACCUACGUGCCACCCCUGCUGCUAGAAGUGGGGAUAGAGGAGAAGUUCAUGACCAUGGUGCUGGGCAUCGGUCCAGUGCUGGGCCUGGUCUCCGUCCCACUCUUAGGCUCAGCCAGUGACCACUGGCGUGGGCGCUAUGGCCGCCGGAGGCCCUUCAUCUGGGCCCUGUCCCUGGGCAUCCUCCUCAGCCUCUUUCUCAUCCCGAGGGCUGGCUGGCUGGCAGGGCUGCUGUGCCUGGAUCCGAGGCCCCUGGAGUUGGCGCUGCUGAUCCUGGGUGUGGGGCUGCUGGACUUCUGUGGCCAGGUGUGCUUCACUCCACUGGAGGCCCUGCUCUCCGACCUCUUCCGAGACCCGGACCACUGUCGCCAAGCCUACUCCGUCUACGCCUUCAUGAUCAGCCUCGGGGGCUGCCUAGGUUACCUCCUGCCUGCCAUUGACUGGGACACCAGCGCCCUGGCCCCCUACCUGGGCACCCAGGAGGAGUGCCUCUUUGGCCUGCUCACUCUCAUCUUCCUCACCUGUGUGGCAGCCACACUGUUAGUGGCUGAGGAGGCAGCACUGGGCCCAGCUGAGCCAGCAGAAGGGUUGUUGGUCCCCUCUGUGCAGCCCCACUGCUGCCCAUGCCAGGCCCGCCAAGCUUUCCGGAACCUGGGCACCCUGCUUCCCCGGCUGCACCAUCUCUGCUGCCACAUGCCCCGAACCCUACGCCGGCUCUUUGUGGCUGAGCUAUGCAGCUGGAUGGCGCUCAUGACCUUCACGCUGUUUUAUACAGAUUUUGUGGGUGAGGGGCUGUACCGGGGUGUGCCCAGGGCUGAGCCAGGCACCGAGGCACGGAGACACUAUGAUGAAGGCGUCCGGAUGGGCAGCCUGGGGCUGUUCCUGCAGUGCGCCAUCUCUCUGGUCUUCUCUCUGGUCAUGGACCGGCUGGUGCAGCGAUUUGGCACCCGGGCAGUCUAUCUGGCUAGUGUGGUGGCUUUUCCUGUGGCUGCGAGUGCCACGUGCCUGUCUCAUAACGUGGCCGUGGUGACAGCCUCCGCCGCCCUCACUGGGUUCACCUUCUCGGCCCUGCAGAUCCUGCCCUACACACUGGCUUCCCUCUACCACCGCGAGAAGCAGGUGUUCUUGCCUAAAUACCGAGGGGACUCUGGAGGUGGCAGCAGUGAGGACAGCCUGACGACCAGCUUCCUGCCAGGCCCUAAGAAUGGAGCUCCCUUCCCCAAUGGACACAUGGGUGCUGGAGGCAGCGGCCUGCUCUCAUCUCCACCUGCGCUCUGUGGGGCCUCUGCCUGUGAUGUCUCCAUGCGUGUGGUGGUGGGCGAGCCAACUGAAGCCAGGGUUGUUCCAGGCCGGGGCAUCUGCCUAGACCUCGCCAUCCUGGACAGUGCUUUCCUGCUGUCUCAAGUGGCCCCAUCCCUGUUUAUGGGCUCUAUUGUCCAGCUUAGCCAGUCUGUCACUGCCUAUAUGGUGUCUGCCGCAGGCCUGGGUCUGGUUGCCAUUUACUUUGCUACACAGGUGGUAUUUGACAAGAGUGACUUGGCCAAAUACUCAGUGUAGAAUACAGGCUGAGAGGAGGUCUGCUUCUUGGGUCCCACCCAGCUUCUGAUCAGGCUGCAGUGAUGGCCUUGUUUCUACUGCUGCCAAAGUGGUGUGGCUCUCUGCUGCCACCCUGUGGCGACAAGGUGCAUAGCCUGACAGCUGGGGGCCUGCGGUUUCCCUCACCAGUCUCUGGGGCAGGUGGAUUGGCAACUUUCUAAAUGAGUUUCACAGGGCAGCCAGAAGGGCAGGGCCUUCGAUUAGCUCCAUGCACUGCAAUGUGUGGCCCUGCAGGUGGAUUGCUUAGGUUCAGGGUCAAAAGCUAGUGUCCUGCUUGAGACAUCCCGAGAAGGGAUUUGGGGAGCUGAAAAAACUUAGCCACCUCCAAACCCCCUUAUCUUGCAGGUUUCCCCAAUGUAGCUCUUGCAUAGGAGUUUCUAUUAUGAAACUCUCUCCACAGGAUUUGAAAGUAUGAAAGUUAUUUUGGAGGGAAGAGUUCUGAGGGGCAAGGCAACUCCAGGGACCAAGUUCUCUUGGUCCACAGCAUUGCCUAUCUGCUGAUUCCUCCACCCCUACCUUUUAUCAGAACAUGGCUUGUCUGGCUCUGUGUUGCCAUCAUAGAGACACAGACUUUUUUUUUAGACAGAGUCUCACCACGUCAUCCUUGGUAGAGUGCUGUGGCAUCACAGUUCACAGCAACUUCAAACUCUUGCCUCAGCCUCCCAAGUAGCUAGGACUACAGGUGCCCGCCACAAUACCCAGCUAUUUUUUUUUUUGUUGUUGUUGCAGUUGUUAUUGUUGUUUAGCAGGCCCGGGCCAGGUUCAAACCCACCACCCUUGGUGCAUGUGGCUGGCGCUGUAACCACUGUGCUACAGGCACCAAGCCAGACACGGACACUUAAAUAUUUAACUUAUUUAUUUAACAAAGUAGAAGGGAACCAUUGCUAGUUUUCUGUGUUGGUGUCCAGGAGCUGGGUAGGGUGGGAUCUCCAACAACCAGGUCUUCUGAGAUAGCUGGUCAUUGGGCUAUCGCCAGAUUCCCUUUUCCUAGGGUCUAUCCCCACAAAAUGCCUAACCCAGGACUUUGCAACUACAUCAGUAGAUAUCCUAAAUAUUGUUACCCAAGGUUAGGGAUGUAGAGGGAAGGGGUAGGGUAGGGCUUCAGGUCUCAGCAGCAUCCCUAACCUCCUCCACUUCCUCUACUCCUCUAGGACUGGGUUGAUGAAGGCGUUCCCUUUCCUUCUACCCCACCACCUUUCCCCUCUGUGUCUACAGCCCUCUGUUGGGGGGCUAUUACAGGACCAGAAGCACAAAGUGUGGUUCCUCAAGCCUUUGUCCAUCUUAGCCCCCAGGGUAUGUCUGUGCUUGGUGAAUCUCUCACAGAAACUCAGGAGCACCCUCUGCCUGAGCUAAGGAGGUCUUAUCUCUUGGGGGGUUUAAGUGCCGUUUGCAAUAAUGUUGUCUUAUUUAUUUAGCUGAGUAAAUAUUUUAUACUGUAUGUGAGCAAUCAGAGUAUAAUGUUUAUGGUGAUGAAAUUAAAGGCUUCUUAUAUGUUUAA